UUUGAAGCUUUCAGCGAGUUUAGAGUACAAUUCUACGAGUUACUUUCGAGUACGUUUGUAUACAGAGCAAUGUGAUUACGUAUUUUUGAGUCGCAUCCGGAUUCUUCAUGGUUUGAUUGCGUUUACCGUUGAAUGCUUCAGUAUAGUAUAGAAUUAAUCAUCAAAGUUUAUAUUAACAGAGGUAAACACUCAGCAGUGGCAAAUACCGUGGAAACAAAAUUAGCUCUGUCACAACACACUGAUACUGGCGAACCUAGGAUGGAUUUAGACUUACGCGGCUCUACAAUUUCUACGUCUCCGGCGAGAAUAACGAACAGUUCUAGGGCGAGAUCAGAGCCUUUUAGAACUCAUGAUACUCACUCAAUGUUGGGCUCACCGCCAAAUUCACGGUGGACUAAAUCUUGUCGCUCGGAGCUUGACAUGACAGUUAUGAACGAACACAACCGGGAGAGAUUGAUCGAAGCGUUUUUGCCUGAUUUGAGAAAGAAUCACACUCGUAUGGGUUACAUACAUCGAGUGCAACCGUUUAAUUUGAAUCAGGAGAAGUUAAGGACAGUUCAAAUCCGUGCAAAAACUGCGUCUUACAACAGGGAUCUUCGCGAGCAUUCAAACAUUUCCUUAGGUCGCGGCAGAAAGGCGGCGAACAGUACAACUCCUCGACCUAAAUGGGCUGUCAAGCCUAUUCCGAUGAACUCUUCCAAUGACAGGCUUUGCCCCGAUAUUCCUCCGCAAACGGUAGCGUUUGUCAAGCGUCAUCAAUGGAAUUACAGUGAUGGAAGAUCAUUUCUAGACAGACCUUUACCGAAGAGGUCACCUGACAAGUAGUUAAGCACUCGUAUUUCCCGGAAGGAUUUUAAUAGAGGUGUUACGGUAUCAGAAGCGGAGAGGUGAUAAGACAAGAAAUAAUUUUCGAAUGACACAGAGAAGGGGUUGUUAAGACUUGACGGUAUCAAUCGCUGAUAGCUUCGAUUCAUAUUGGAGACUAUGGAAUGCAUUAAAAAUUCACGGGUUCUCUAGACAACUUUGCCUUGCCUUUAAAAAAUGAAAAUGAGCCGUGAUUUUACUCCAAACUGACACAAAUAGAGCCUUAUAUUGGAGCAAACGUAAAAUGAUCAAGGCUUGACACUUUUAAAUUAAUGUCCGGAAUAAAUAUGUACAAUUGUAGCAUGCUUACAUUUCUCCUAUUUAUUUUGGCACUUGAUAA